UAAUUGAAAACUAUUUGCAAUAGACUUGGAAUAGCUACCCACGUUUUUAGCCAUUCUCUCUCGUACGCUGAUAAGAUAAAUCAUAAAACGACAAAUAUUUGCAUUUUGUUCUACUCCAGUUCAUAUUCCAGUUGUGAUGUGUGCGGUGUGAACAUGUAGUUAUUCAUUUUUUGUGACUGUCAAACGGUGCCCUUUAAGUGUCUCCACUUCAAAGGAGUACUCUUUAAUAGGGAUGUGCUUAUCAAAUAUCUAAAAUUACACAGACGUAACAUGCUGAUAAAUUUUCUUCCAGGUAUCCUCAAUUUUUUCAAACGGUGACAAGCGAUAUUAAUUAAGCAGUGACCGGAAAAUACUGGAUAUCUAUAAUUUAUCGUUAGAUUUCAAACGGAGAUCAUGAGGCUCAUCCUAACAUUAAGUCUGGCUCUCCUUAUCCAGGCAUCGCUCUUGAAAGCCGAAGAACCCCUGGACUGGUGGCAGAGCGGCGUCAUCUACCAAAUCUACCCGCGCUCCUUCAAAGACAGCGACGGCGAUGGGGUCGGCGACCUGAACGGCAUCACCGAAAAAAUCGACUACCUGAAAGACCUCGGCAUCACCGCCAUCUGGAUCUCGCCCUUCUUCACAUCCCCGAUGGCGGACUUCGGCUACGACAUCUCCGACUACCGGAACAUCGAACCGCUCUUCGGGACGAUGGACGACUUCGACAAACUGAAAACCGCCGUGCACUCCCACGGGAUGAAACUCAUCCUGGACUUCGUGCCAAACCACUCGAGUGACGAACACGCGUGGUUCCAGAGCUCCGUCCAGAAAAUCCCCCCUUACACGGACUACUACGUGUGGCGAGACGCGGUGAUGGUCGACGGAGUCCGGCAUCCACCGAACAACUGGGUGAGCUUCUUCGGCGGAUCGGCUUGGACCUGGAACGACGAUCGCCAACAGUACUACUUACACCAGUUCCACCACAAGCAACCCGACCUCAACUACCGCAAUCCGCUCGUCGUCAAAGAGAUGAAAGACGUCCUGAGAUUCUGGUUGGACAAGGGCGUCGACGGCUUCCGGAUGGACGCCGUUCACACCAUGUUCGAAGACACUCAACUUUUGGACGAGCCACGAUCUUUCAAGGUCGGCUUCGUAGCCACAGACCACGAAUACUACGACCAUAAAUACACGCUCGACCAACCAGAGACCUUCGACAUGAUCUACCAGUUCCGGGAGGUCUUGGAUAGUUACUCGAGUUCGGCCCGGCCGCAGGCAACCCAGGACGACGACUUCGACGAGGUGACGUCACUGAUGACGCGCCACGUCGGGACGCGCUUCAUGACGACAGAGGCCUACUCCCCGAUCUCCGACGUCAUGCGGUACUACGGGAACGCGACGGUGGACGGGGCCCACUUCCCCUUCAACUUCCUCUUCAUCACGGAUCUGAACCGGCAGUCCGACGCGUACGACUUCGAGAAGACGAUCCACUCGUGGUACCUGAACAUGCCCGAGGGGAAGUGGGCAAAUUGGGUGAUCGGCAACCAUGACGUUCACCGUGUCGCAUCUCGGUUCGGCGAGGAGCUAGUUGACGGCAUCCAUAUGAUCCAGUUCCUGUUACCGGGCACCGUCUUCACGUACAUGGGCGACGAGCUGGCCAUGGAGGACACCUUCAUCCGCUGGGACGAGACCGUGGACCCGCCGGGGCUCAACGCCGGGAAGGACAGGUAUGUCCAGUUCUCUCGGGACCCGGAGCGGUCGCCCUUCUUGUGGGACGGGUCCGUGAGUGCAGGGUUCUCGACGAGCAAGGAUACCUGGCUCCCGGUGCAUCCGGGCUACGCGGAGAGGAACCACGAGAGGCAGGCGGCUGAGCCGAAGAGCCAUUUUAAGGUUUAUAGGAGGUUGGUCGACUUGAAGAAACACGAUGUGGUGAAGUACGGGGAGCUGGCUGUCAAGGUGCCUGCCGAUUGGGUGAUCCUGGUUGUGAGGACGUACGGCGAGGAGUUCUUCUUGACUGUUGUCAACCUUGGGAGUCACUUUGAGACUUUGGAUCUGAGGAAGCUUGAGAUUCCGUCCGCGUCCAAGUUAGUUGUGUAUGUAUCGAGUAUGAAUUCGGUCUACGAUGAGGGUGAUAGUGUUUCUUUUGAGGAGGUGCAUCUCCGACCCAAGGCUGCACUAGUUUUAACAAAUGUAGUGUCAUAAUAGGCGAAAACAAUUUAUCGCCACCUUCUGGCCAAAGUAUCACAAGCGUAAUGCGACGUUUCCGAAUUUGUGCCGCCAUUUUAGUUUUUCUACAGAAAAAGUUUUCAACGAAGCUGUCCGAAAAUUUCACUGAAUUUUCUCUGUGCUGCCAAUAAAAUUCAGUGAAAUUUUCAAACAGAUUUAACCAACAAUUUCUCUUUAAAAAAAUAAAACGACGGCGGAAAUUUUUAAACGUCGUAUGGCGCUUGCGAUGCUUUGGUCGGAGGGUUACGUUUUCUUGAGAGGUAAAAAGAUCUCUAUUAAAUUUUUUAAUGUUUAAGCGUUUGUGCGACUCCUCAGAAAUUGUAAGAUGUAUCCCACGCAAUUGUUUUUUCAAUGGUGCUUUGUUAAAAUGUGCUAAUUAAAAAAUGUAUCCUUGAAAUGUCAAUGGACACUCACUGUAGUGUAAUUUUCUCGAAAUUAUUAAAGUUUAAAUGUGAGGUCUCUAUUGUAAAUAAUGCUUACAUCAAUUUUAUGUCCGAAAAAAACCGUGCUAGAUCGUUUGGAGUUUUGAAUGCUUGAUUAACUUUUCUCUGCACUCAAUACUGAAAGUCUGUGUAGAAGGAUUUCAUAAUUUUUCCGAGUAUUUGUGACUGUAUCGGACAAAGCAAGCUAUAACUGUAAAAAAUUCGUAUUCGUAAUAAGGAUCUUAUCAAAAUGUUAAGAGAUUUUCCGCAUCUUAAUGUAUCAUAAAUCUCGUUUGAGUUGAAGCAAACAACAAAUUAAUUUAAUAAUUACAAACAAACAAAUUAAUUGUAUUGAACCGAUUUGAUGUUCACAUCUCUCUCGUUCUAGAGAGGAGUUAGAGAAAUGUUUUACGAUAAAAAUUGUGAUGAAAACAUGGGGAAAAGGGAGACUGAAGUUCAUGUGUCACAACUAAACCAAAAAAAGGCAAACACAGCAAAAUUCUUUCUCAUCAUCUUUUUGUUGUAAUAAAGUUCAAGAAAAUUUUCACAAAUCGUGUCACACAUUUGUUCUUAAUUCUAAUUAUAAUAAUCGCACGGUAUAAAAUAUGGUAACAAAUUCCCAAGUCGCAUAACGCAAAAAUAAAAUUGAAGUAUCAAUUGUAA